CGGGUUCCUCUAACCAUAACGCUCCUCUUGGCCCCUCCGCCUGGCCGCUGAACUGCUCUCCAACUGCUGCUUCUGAACAACUGCUUGUUAUGCUCAGCGGUUGACGGACGACUGCCACAGCCUACGGGGGAUCGAGGAGCUCACACCGCACCAUAUUUCUCUGGGAUUAAUCUGUGUAUCGUGGCAGAUAUGGUGAAACUACUGACACUUCCCCUUCUGUUGGCAACAAUCCUCCUGACGUCAUCAAUCCGUGACGUCACUUCCGCGGCGGUCGACCCCUUCGAAGGUUCCUCCGGCGGUCCGCUGAGACCUUCGGACCCCCGCUCUCACCUCCUCGCGCCCUUCCGCCCCUCCGUCGACCACGCCCGCAGGAGGAGGCUGGCGGGUCCCUCCCCCAAGACGGCUGCGGGACGGGACCCUCUCCCGGCGUCUCCUUCGUCGAGAGGGAGGGCUUCCAGGAGGUACUUCCGCCAUCUCCGCCCUGGACUCUUCUUCUGAGUGGGUUGUGAGGUUGUGAGGGUGUGAGG